CUCUAGCCCGGCUAUGGCGGAGUGAGGGAGUCACAUGACUGGGAGGGGCACAAACUAGACCGGCUCGUACCAUUCUCAGAGAGAGGGGGGGAAAGGAAGACUACAAAUCAGGCCCCGGAAGUGGCGGGAAAGGAGGCUCGAGUCCCGUUCGUGGAGUUUGGCCGCUGCAUGUUGAGCGGGCUGGAGCCGCAGCUAUGAGCACGUGCUCAGUCUCCAAGGUGAGUCAGGAGGGGGAAGGUGCGCCGCCCCGCCCGCCCUCCGCUUCAAAGAAGCCCCCCCACCCGCGCGCGCCUGGCUAUCGCGUAGCCACGCGGAGGGUUCGCUGAGCCCGGUCGACGGCAACGGCGGCCGCGCGUGGUUCGCCGGCCGUUCCUUGGAGCAUGCGCGUAGAGGACCCCUGAAGCCGUAUCCUCGCGUUUUGCCAGUCCACACGUCGCGGUUGUAACGCCUCAGAAUGGGCUGGACUGCCAGGGUGGUUGUCAGAGACGCUUCUUCCCCUUUCCUGCUCAGCUGUAAUGAAGAAAGAGAAGCGCAGGAGAUUCUGAGUCUCUCUUGACCACCAAAAUGUGGAAGGAGAAAACCGGGAGGAGGGACAGAAAUUCCUCUCCCUCUAGAGCCUUAUCCAGAAAUAUGGCUGUUGUAAAAAGCGCACACAUUGCACAUGCUCUAAUACGCCCAGCAGGUGGAAUAUUUGAAAGGUGCAGCAUUUUCUCAUCUGGAGAUGCAGUGAAGGGAUGGAAAUUUCCACCUGUUGACUGUCUGACAGGCCUACAUCAAGUAUUUAUUAUAAUUAUUAUAAAUUUAUAUCCUGCUCUUCCCCUGACGAUCACUUGGUGGUUUAUAAUAUAGAAGCACAAAAAUGCAUAACAUAGUAGCAAGCAAAAAUAAUACCCCCCCAGCCUAAAAAGGCCCUAGAUUGUUUAAUUAGCCAAUUAAAAGCAGCAGAUCCUCUACAUGGUGGGGGUGAGGAAAGAUAGCAAGCCAGUUCUCAGAAUAGACUAUGCCUGCUCUAGCAAAACCAACCACUUGACAGCCAGGUGCUGGCAUGGACUCCUGUCUGAAUCGUCCCCACCUUUUUAUGUUUUUCAUAAGUUUACCUUGGUAAGGGUUAGCACUUACCACUUCACUCUGCAUAUGGAUGCAAAGAAGUUUGGCUUGGAUAAAGGGAGGAAAGAAAAAGAUCAGGAUAAAUGUGAUUUUUCACAUACAAACUGGUGUACACUGCAAGAAUUAACCUAUCGUUUGAAGCCAGGGUUGUUGUUAACCAGGGUCUGUACCCAAGGUUUGUCCUAUGGUUACAGGCUAGGGUUAAGGAGGAGAAGCCUUAACCAUGAACUUAGAUUCAGAUGACAUGUUAAAUCAAACCUUGACUUUGCUGCUAUGCCAUUCUGAGUUAAAAGGAUGGGGAGGACCACAGUAAUGUGAGCUCUUAUCUGAUAGUCAGGAAGUUUGGCCAAUGCUGAUAACCCAUAGUUUAUCAUGACGUGCAAACCAAGCCGUUACAUUUUCCUGCCAAUCUGGAAUUAUGGUAAAAUAUUCAGUAGUUUUAGUCUUCCUUCCUUCCUUCCUUGUUACUUUUUAGGGCUGCUUUGUGUUCAAGCCAGAUUCUAAGAAGGCGAAGGCAUCUUCAGCAGGUAAGUACACAAUAUGUGUUAUGAAACUCCACUUCCUAACAGUAAAUUCAGACAGAAUUUAUAUAACGAUGCCAUCUUUAUUUUCCCAUCUGUUCUGGACAUCUUUUGUAGUAGAUAUAACAUUUCCUCCAGUAUCUACAAAAUCAAGGUCUUGAGGGAUUCUUUUUUAAAGGAUCAGGUCAUACUGUAAAUUCCAGAUUUAAAAUUCUGCACUUGACAUUUUCAUUGUUUCCAGUGCUGGUAUAAUAUUGAAAAAUAGCCACUCUCCUAGCUUUACGCUGUGAAUUUAUUGACUGCUAUGAAGGUCCUUUGUAUUUUUAAAGGCAAGGAUAGUAGGACAGUAUGUCUAUCUGUUUUCAAGGUAAGUAAAAGUGAAAUAGUGUUCUUUUGAGUAUAUGAGGGUGCUUCUUAGAUGUCAUUUUGCUCCUUUCUUGUUCAGUUCAAUCAACUGCAUCUCAGCCUUUGACCUUCCUCUCUUGUCUGGCCAUGGUCAAGUCUAUUGUUCAUCUUCAGCUUCCCAUCAUAAACUUGAAAUGAGCCUUGGGCUCAUGGAUGGGUGUUGAAGGAUUUUUAGCCAACAUACAUAUGGUCUCAUCCUUGGCAAGUCAUUUUCUGUGAGUCUCAGUUCCCCAUCUCUAAAUGGAAAUAAUGCAGUGGCUACACCUCAGGAACAAAGGCAAGCGCACAAGGAUAGAUGUGCAGCAGCAGUGAAAAGGUGAAUUCUGUGCUAGGAAGCAUUAGGAAAGGAAUUGAAAAUAAAAUAGCCAAUAUCAUAAUGCCAAUAUUCAAAUCUAUGGUGCAGCUACACUUGGACUAUGUAUUUUUAACUAGGAAAGGUCUUUUAAAAAUUGAGUCGUUGCUAAAAUAAUCCAAAGGAUUAUCACCAUUCUUGUAUUGAUUAUUUUUACCUUAUCCAUAUCCUGCUAGAUUAGAUUUUUUAAAAUUGCCCUCCAUCAUUGGGAACAAUAAAGGUAAAGGGUAAAGGGACCCCUGACCAUUAGGUCCAGUCGUGACUGACUCUGGGGUUGCGGCGCUCAUCACACUUUAUUGGCCGAGGGAGCCGACAUACAGCUUCCGGGUCAUGUGGCCAGCAUGACUAAGCCAUUUCUGGCGAACCAGAGCAGCGCACGGAACCGCCAUUUACCUUCCCGCCGGAGCAGUACCUAUUUAUCUACUUGCACUUUGAUGGGCUUUUGAACUGCUACGUUGGCAGGAGCAGGGACCGAGCAAUGGGAGCUCACCCCGUUGCGGGGAUUCAAACCGCCGACCUUCUGAUCGGCAAGUCCUAGGCUCUGUGGUUUAACCCACAGCGCCACCCAUGUCCCUUUGGGAACAAUACCAGGAAAUAAAAAGCAACGUAUUUCCAAGUUGAGUGCUUUUCUGUAGCAUGCAUUGAAUAAUAUGCAAGGAAACCAGUUCUGCAUACGUUUUCCAUGUAUAUUGUUCUCUUUACUAUUUGCCCUGAAAAUAUUUUGCAGGGAGGGAUAAGGUUUACCAAAUAUAUUAUUUAUUUUUCUUCAAAUUUUAAGCUACCCUUUUUCAUUAAGUUUACAAAAAAUACAACAAAAAUGAUCAAACUAAAAUAUAUUUAAAAUAUAAAGCCUUUCCAUUUAAAAUGAUAUAUUAUCAACGGAUCACUAAACUACAGCACCAAAGAACCCAAUUAUACUGGCCACAGACAUCUCAACCUCAGAGACUUAUUGACCAGUUCAUGAAGCUUGGGCUCAAUUUGGCUCUUCACCGUUGGGCAACUGACAAGAAUCACCUUGUCUUCGGAAAAAUUGUUGUGUGAAUCUAUCCUCUGUAGAGGGCUUAAUCAAGUAAAUAUGAUACAACAUUGCUCAAGAUUUUCUAUGGGCAAACCUAAAUACUUGGAUCCUCUUUCUCUUCUACACGAAAGUUGGAGUGACACAGAAAACCUAAAAUGAGGGUGAGAGAUUAUGGGAGUUGUAGUCAGUAGCAUCUGGAGGGCCAAGGAUUUCCCAUCCCUGACUUAAAGGAACAUGGUGGUGAAAUGUAAUUAGGGAUUCUGGCUACAAUUUUAUACCUACUUAGCUGGUAAUAAAUCCCAAUGAACUCAGCGGGACUUCAUUUGGGUUGACAUUUAUGGAUACAGCAUUCCAUACUGAGGCUGUAUAAAUCUUACAUCUUUCAUAGCUAUUGGUGAGGGUUUCUUUCUUCCUGAGCUUUGUCCUGACACCAGUUGCAACUCUCAGUUAAUUUAUACCUCUCCUGUGAAAAGAAAUCUUCAGUAUUCUGUUGCACUUAAGCUUUUUGCUUGAGAUGAAUUUUGUUUUAUAAAUAUUGAGUGUGAAUGUCAUUUUCCUCCUUGUUUUUGUAGCUGACUAUUUUAGUAAAGGCAAUACUGACUCAGAGGAUAGUGAGCUACGAUUUGAUACUUGUCAGUUGUUAUGGAAACAGAUUAAAUGUGAAACAGAGGUGAGUGUUGCUGCUUUUAACAUUAACCAUGAGAUUUACUUAAGUCAGAUGUGUCUUGGGUGGGGGAAGGAAGCAUUGAAAAUGCUUUCAGUGAAGAAAUAAUGUGAUAUGCAGUCUUUUCUUUUACUUAGCCUGUUUGAUGGGUGAAACAGCAAGACUUUGAGCAAUAUUUUAUACCCAAACUACUCCUUAACCUCUUAAGGUACUUUUUGCAGACUACCUGUAUAUAUUGUGGGUAUCUUUCUACAAUGUGUGAGCUGUUAGGAAUGAGCUUGUACAAGGAGACAGAUUGGACAUCCCUAGAGCAAACCAUGCAUAUGCUUUUUCCUGUCGAGAAUGAAUUCCACAUUCUUGGUCAUCAAUAUGCGUGUAAAUUCCCCAUGGAUAACCUGGUAGAGAAGGUUUUGUAAAUUGAAAGAGGGUUUUAUUUUACCUUUUAGACCGUUCAUGUAGUGCUGUUAUUAAGACUUCAGUCUUCUGCCCUGUUGCUAUCUGUAAAUAUGUAGCAAUUGACCUAAACAUAUUUAGGCUUGAACAGCCCCCCGUUCCAACAAAUAUUGAAGGGGUCGAAGACACCUUGGCCCCCUAGAGUUGGCGCACCUGCUUAUGGCUGACAGAAACAAGUUGGAUUCUGCUUGUACAUCUUGUGGUAUGGCCUCAGCAUGAAUUCAACAAUGUCACUGUCUCAGUUACUACUUAAUUUGUUCCUUUUUUGCUGAGGAGCAUUUGAACAUAAAAGCUACUCUGUGGAAUUUAAUUUCUGUUGUCUUUGAACCGCUAAAGAUAUCAGAUCUUUGACUUUUUAGGGUCAUAUCUGUCUUAAGUAGCAACAAGUAAGGAGUUGAAUUUUUCCUACAACUGAUUUUCCAUCCCCCAUAUCCGUCUAAAUGGCUUUAAGAACCCUGUACUCAAAUAGAACAUUUAAAUCGGAAUCAUGAGUUGACUGAAACAGCUAUGGAAACCACAGGAACAGUGUCUAUAAACAAUUGCCAGGAAACCUAAAUAAUUAUGUGUUGCUGUAUCUUGAUUAACCUUUGGGGACUGUUCUUUAAAAAUACACAGAAUAACAAUACGUCUCUUCAUUCAGGCAACUAACAAAGUUCUGUGCAUGUUAUCUUUUUAACAGCAACUACAAGAGGACUUGAAUAAAAAAUUGUUUGAUAACCUCAUAACAUUUUUGAGACAAUCUCAUUCAGACUUCCAAAAGAAGAAAACAAAAUGGGCUUGUCGAAUGAAGUCCAGUGAAAUUCCCACUGCAGCUGUUGUUCUAGGUAACAUUUUAUCUGGCAUUUUUAUUUAUUUAUAAUAACUGCCUUAACUUGGUAUGAAUCCUAAAAUUAAGAGAAAAGAGAGAUUGGGUAGAAGACUUAAUAUAGGCAAGGAUCAUAACAUUAAGAAUUGUUAAUGGGCAGAUUAGACAUGUUGGCAACGUAUUUGCCAAACAGGCAAUAGCUUAAUGCUAACACAGGCUUUUCAGCAGUUUGCAAAGUGUAAAAGCCAGUUACACAAACAUUUAAAUAUAAACAGCUAUAAUUAACAUGGGCAAUAAUGCAAUCCUAUUAAAAUGCAAUGUUGUAUCCAACAUCGCAGUUCCAUGCAUGCAACAUACUUCUGCUUGUGCAACGGAACUUCCACUUCCUCUCCUGCCACCUGCAGUCCCCUUCCAAGCCCCAUCUGCUGCAUAGAGUUGGGGGACUGUGGAGCAGAUUUGGCAGGCAUAUACGUGUCAGCAUCACCCUUGAGCCAGUGCCACCAACUGGACUCAUCCACUUCAGCCCCGACUGGGCUAGGCGAGCUGGGUAGCACUUCCAGAGACCACCUUCUGCACAGGAACAGGUCAAAGUGCUGCGGACUCACAGCUUAGAGUUGUGAGCACCGGAUUCACUCCCACAAGAAGAAGACAGUCGUCGCACAGCAGAGUACAGCAGACUCUAGCAGAGUAUAUAAACAACUCGGAGAGCAGCUCUGUAGAAUAUCUUCUUUAUUCUAUCUACAACUAUUAUACAACUAUAUACAGAGCUAAAUAGGUCUAAGCAUAAAUGAAUGCUGCACUGCACUGAGUGUCUGCAGCUGCUCUUAGCAGCAACCUUAUCUCUACACACGAUCUCUAACACUCAGUCUCUCUCUCUCCCUCCGACACUGACUGACUGACUGACUGACUUGGUGCUGGAGCAGAAUAAGUAGAGAGCAGAACACGCCUCCUCCUCUCUGGAGAAUCAGCAGACUCCUCAGGAGAUUCUUGGAUAUGGGAGGGGUGAAAUCUCCUCAAUACGGGGAGGAGAGGAAGGGAAAAUCCCAUUGCACUAAUGUGUCCAUUUCCAGUGUUAGAUACAACCCACAAUCCCGAAGGCCUGGGUCAAAAGAUGAAAGGAAUAUCUGUAUAAACAGGUGCAUCUUCUACAGCUGGUCAAUUGCCAGUACAGAUGGGUCCUUGGGUUUCAGCAGGGAGCGAUAACACUGGUGUUGCCAGUGAAAACUCAUGUCUGUGUUACCAUAAGGCAUUAAUCAUCAGGCCGUAACAAGACUAAUGAGUUCCAUUUGUUGAUCUUAAUGCCUGUACCAAGCAGUUGAAGGGUAUUUGGUCUUUCAGUAAUAUCAUACAGAGCAGAGUUGUUUGGGGCUUCUACUUUUUUUAGAUCUGUAUGUCGGAAACGGGAUCUGCCCCGGUCACAUAAGGUGAAUCAUUCACUUUUAACAAGAAAAGAGCACACAGGCAGAUGCACAUUGCAGAGAGACAAACCACAAAGAGCUUUUCUCAGCUGAGCUCCAUCCAGUACUCCUUAAGUCUGCAAUGCUAACAUGGGAGUAAGUCAAUUAAAUUCAGUAGGCCUUACUUCUGAGUAGACUUGGUUAGGAUUACACAACUCCCUUCCUCUGGUAAGAGAUACUGCUUAUAUCUGAGAGGAUCACUUUUUCCAUAGUGUUGCGUUCCUAGCUUUACUUCCAAUAAUCCUUAGAUAUUUCUCAGUAGACAUGUCCUAGCAAUUCUCUAAAAGCAUGAGUGAGGAAAAUAUAUUUUCUUGAAGAUGGUGGGGAAGGUAUAGAAUAUACAGAGCAGAUUAUGUAUUAAAACUGAUGAAACUGCUAUUAAAUUAACUUUGGUGUCAUCCCAGACCAGAGUUUAUUGUCUGAGUAAAAUGUUGUUGUUUAGUCGUGUCCGACUCUUCGUGACCCCAUGGACCAGAGCAUGCCAGGCACUCCUGUCUUCCACCUCCUCCCGCAGUUUGGUCAGACUCCUGUUUGUAGCUUCAAGAACACUGUCCAACCAUCUCGUCCUCUGUCGUCCCCUUCUCCUUGUGCUCUCAAUCUUUCCCAACAUCAGGGUCUUUUCCAGGGAGCCUUCUCUUCUCAUGAGGUGGCCAAAGUAUUGGAGCCUCAGCUUCACGAUCUGUCCUUCCAGUGAGCACUCAGGGCUGAUUUCCUUCAGAAUGGAUAGGUUUGAUCUUCUUGCAGUCCAUGGGACUCUCAAGAGUCUCCUCCAGCACCAUAAUUCAAAAGCAUCAAUUCUUCGGCGAUCAGCCUUCUUUAUGGUUCAGCUCUCACUUCCAUACAUCACUACUGGGAAAACCAUGGCUUUAACUAUACGGACCUUUGUUGGCAAGGUCUGAGUAAAAUAGUUUAAACAUUUUGGCUCACGUUGGUAGCUAGCAGAGAUUUGUGUUUGCCACAACCAGGUGGUGGAGGGGCAAGGACUCAUUGGAUGCCACCCUGUGACUGAAGCUCAGGGCAACUGUGAGGCCUUGCUCUCCUCCCAAGCUUCUGAGCUGGGAAAGAGGGAAGGAUAGGACUCAUCUUUCCUUUUCUGAUUCAUUACAUUUAAUGUGUUGCCAAAUUAUUGGAUAUGUGCCACCUUCAUUGCCAGAGCCUAGUUAUUUCAGUUUUGUGUCUACACAUUCCUUCUAGGGUGUAAAUUAUUUCUUUUGCCUUUGCUUUUCUAUGCCUUUAGUUGUUUUGUUGCUUCUUCACUCAAGCUGCAGAUCCCUUUGUUAUAUUGCUAACUGUCUUUGAACUUCGUCUCAGUUUUAAUAUGGAGAGCUAAAACAAAGGCCCAAACCUCCCUUGGGCAUGCAUUACUAGUUGCAUGAUCUUUGGAUCACAGCCGGUGUGAGGGGAGGAUGUCCUUUUGGAUUUCUAGCUCUUUGCAUUUUUGCAUUUAUGCGUAGAUUUAACAGUAUGUCCUCAGUUCCUUUGUCUAAGAGCCAGUUCUCAUGUCAGCCUCAUAAUGAGGCAUAACAAGUACAGAAGCUCCCCCUCUGUCUGAGCAAUCUACUUCCAACACCACAAAUGGUUGUAGAUUCUAAUGCACCCUCCCCCUCCCAUUGUUUCAUUCAGUCUGUCAGCAUCUGCUUUCUCCUUGAGAGCAGGACAUGAAAAAGGGCAAAUGAGAAUGCUGGAACUGUAGCAAUUUAAGUCUGUGUUGAAAUUAAAUACAAUAAAAAAAUAUACAGUGGUGCCCCGCAAGACGAAUGCCUCGCAAGACGGAAAAACCGCUAGACGAAAGGGUUUUCCGUUUUGAAGUUGCUUCGCAGGACGAAUUCCCCUAUGGGCUUGCUUCGCAAGACGAAAAUACCUUGCGAGUCCUGAGAUUUUUUUCGCUUUCCCCCUUUAUCUAAUCUGCUAAGCCUUUAAUAGCCUUUAAUAGCCUUUUAGCAGCUAAUCCCCUAAGCCAUUAAGCCUUUAAUAGCCGCUAAACCGCUAAUAGCGCUAAUAGCGCUAAUCCGUCAAUGGGCUUGCUUCGCAAGACGAAAAAACCGCUAGACGAAGACUCUCGCGGAACGGAUUAAUUUCGUCUUGCGAGGCACCACUGUAUCCAAAUUGGCUACUGGUAGUGUUCUUUCUUAAAAAAUGAGAUAUUUAUAUUUAAAAAAAAAUGGUUUUCCUUAUAUUUUCCACCUACCCACACCAAAUAACAUCCUGGAUAUAGUUUUUUUAAGCUAGCAGGCCUAUUGUUCCUGAUAUUCUGUGAGGUUAAGCAUUAUAUUGUUGUGUCUGAUCAGUUUGGACAUCUCCUGUUUUAUGGUAACAGUUAGUGGCUUAAAUGUCUACAGCCAAUUCUUUGCCACAGAGAAAGUAGUGAAAUACUAUUUAAACAGCUCUUUUAAAAAACCCUGACUUCUGUCCUUCACAUAUUAGAAAUGGUGACUUUGCUUAUUACUUGGCCAUGAUUAAUUUCUUCAGAAGUUUUGGAAGGGAAAUAGGCACUGAGCAGUUAAGAUUGCAUCUUCUGACAAAAGUUGAUUGCUUUAUUGAUCAGUCAGCCCACAGUUUAUUUAUCCUUCCUCCUACUUCUGAUGUACUUGUAAAUUUUCCUUUCCCUUAUUUCACUAGAGAAGAGUAUUAAAAAUAUAUAUUGACCUUUAAAAUAAAUUAUGAUAUGCAAGGCAGAUAAAGUAGUUGUUCCUGAGCUUAUAUAUGGAACCUUCCCUUAAGUUAAAAAUGUUUUUGUUAAUCACUUUUUUCUAAUUCAGGCUGCAAUCCUAUGGAUGAAUUUCCUAGAAGCAAGUUCUAGUUGAGACUUGCUGUACAGUGCUACCUCUGGAUGUGAAUGGGAUCCGUUCCAGAGCCCCGUUCGCAUCCUGAGUAGAACGUAAGAUGCGUCUGCGCAUACGUGGGUUGCGUUUCACCGCUUCCGUGCAUGCGCGUGACGUCAUUUUGAGUGUCUGCGCAUGCGCGAUCAGCGAAACCCGGAAGUAACACGCUCCGUUACUUCUGGGUCGCUUUGGAGCGCAACCUGAAAAUACUUAACCUGAAGCUACUUCAACCCGAGGUAUGACUGUAUACAUUAAAAGAUAUAUUUAACUAGUACAAUGUAGAUAUAGUUCAAUAUAGUCAUCCACAUUACUACUGUUUUACCUCUACAAAUGUAAAAUGACUAUAUGGUAAGCAUGAUAGAAAAGUAUAUUUUGUCAUGUUUAAAUGCAAACAGCACAAUUCUGACUUGUCUUACUCCUAGGUGUCAAUGUUAUGGACCAUGAUCUGACAUUUAAAAGCCUCUCAGAAGUUCUUCAUGAUGAUGUUACUCCUUUUGUAGUGUCCCUAAGGUCCAAAGAAUGCCCAGGUAAAUACUGUAAUAACUUGAAGAGGCUUUUUAGUUAAGUAGCAUGUGGAAUAUGGGAAGUAUCCCUAGAAAUACAGUAUAUAUAGGCCUUUCCAUCAUUAGCCCUGGCAGUCAAUGUUUGCUUUCAUCAAAGUUGUUAUUAUUAUUAUUAUUAUUAUUAUUAUUAUUUUAUUAUAUUUAUUAUUAUUCCCAUCCAUCUGGGUGGGUUUCCCCAGGCACUCUGGGUGGCUUACAUAAUAUGUAAAGCAGAAGAAAAGAUAAAACAUAAAAAACUUCUUGAUAUAGGGCUGCCUUUAGAUACCUUCUAAAAGUUGUACAGUCGUACCUUGGUUGACGAACGCCUUAGCAGUCGAACGUUUUGGCUCCCGAACACCGUAAAUCCGGAAGUGGGUGUUCCGGUUUGUGAACGUUCUUUUGGAAGCUGAACAUCCAGUCGGGCUUCUGCAGCUUCCAAUUGGCUGCAGGAAGGUCCUGCAGCCAAUCGGAAGCCGCACCUUGGAAGUUGAACGGACUUCUGGAAUGGAUUCCAUUCGGCUUCCAAGGUACAACUGUAUAGUUCUUUAUCUCCUUGACAUCUGAAGGGAGGGUGUUCCAUAGGGAGGGCACUGCUGCUGAGAAGGCCAUCUGCCUGGUUCCCUUUAACUUUGCUUCUCACAGUGUGGGAACCAGCAGAAAACCCUUGGAGGAGGAACUCAGUGUCUGGGCUCAGUAAUGGGGAUGGAGAUGCUCCUUCAGGUAUACUGGGCCGAGGCAGUUUAGGGCUUUAAAGGUCAGUGGCAACAUUUUGAAUUGUGUUAGGAAACGCACUGGGAGCAUUAAUAUUCUAACACGACUAGUUCAGUGGGUUCGAAGCCUUUCAUUCUAUACUGGGUAUCAGUUUGUAACAAAGCUUUUGUAUAUAUAGCUUACAAAAUUGGUUUGGGCAUUUCCUAUCUCUGGAAUAUACACACUAAGUGCAGAGAUCUGUCUUUAGUUUUAAAAGUUCAGAAGCAUUUAUUAACUUUGAGGCAUUGUUGUAGUGGAUAAAAUCACAAGCUAUAACGAUACCAUGGGUGAUAUCCUGCUAAGUCUCAUUAUUCAGAUUAGGCCUGUUGAAACCAUGAUUUAAAAUGCAAUCUAGGCUCUCUUGCUUCCUUCCAAGUGUCAAGAGAUGAUAGCCCACAAUUCAGUCAUUUUGCACAAGUGAAAUUUCACACGUUUUGCAGUUUCAAGUAUCUACUUCUACUAUUUUUAAAAAUAUGGAAGGCAAAGGGAAAGAUCCAUUUCUUUCAAAAAAAUAUAACUGGUAGACUUACUUUGAAUUCCUUUCUAGAAGAGAAAUAAAAUAUUUUGCUUAAGUUGGAACUGGGCCAGAAGGACAAUCUGACGGUUGAAUGGUAGUGAGUGGCUUAUUCCAAACAGAUCAGCAAACUGACUCCUAGUUCUUUCUGUUCAGACAAGUUGGUAAAGGUGCUGUUCAAAUAAUGCAGAACAUAAGAAGCUGUGGAGGUAUCUUGAGUGCAAAGGACAAAGGGGGGUUUUUUUUGCAAUGGGGUCAGCAUGGAGAAGAGUUAUUUAUUUCAAGUACUUACACAUAAGAGAGUCAAAUGACUUUUGUAUGUAUUAUGUGUUGUAUAUAAACACAUUACAGGUUUGGUAACAUUCCAAACAAAAAACUGAAGUUUGCCUGACCUCCUGCACUGUGUGAUUGUCUUUUAUAGAGAUGCAAGUGGUCAGUGCAUAUUCAGUGCUUCUCCUAUUGCCAGCUUGAGACCUUUAACUGGAGGUGUCACAAACGGAAUCAGGAAAUUUUUGUUUGCAAAGCACGAAUUCUAUACUGAGUGGUGCUGUUUUAAACUAUGCAAAAUAAGCACACUUUAUUCAGUUUUCUAUAUUUUAAGAAUCUAGGCUGAAGAACUUGGUUUACCUUUGAUGUAAAAUUGAUACAGGAUUUGGUAGGUUGGUUGGUUUAGUCCGUGAAUGAAAAUGAGUGAAGUGAGCAAGUCUUUGUCACAUAAUUCCUUGAAAAUUACAGUUAUUUAUAUUUUUUAACAAGAUUGCUGAAAAAUCUAACAUUUUCAUUAUUAUUUUAAAUAUUUGUGUGUGUAUGUAUAUUUAUAUUGUCAAGGCAUAAAACAGCUUCUGCAAAAGCUGAUGAUUCAGCUGAUGGGCUGUCAUGUAGAUGUGGACUCAUGCGAAGAAGAAUAUUCCAAGCCUUCCUCAAAUCGGAUACGCUGCUCCGUGGCAUCUCUUAUUGAUUGGUAUAGGAACAUAACCAAGGUAAGCUUCAGAAUUGCCUCUUGUAAAGUGUCACUGUUUUCCAGACUUAGUUCCCGCCAGAAUUUUCCCUGAUUUGCCCCAUCUAGUUAAAUAGCUUUAUUGGUGAGGUGUCGAUUACAUGAAGAUAAAUCCUGUGUUGGGAUAGAUGCAAAGUACUUUAAUGGAUAAUCCUUCUUCCUAGGGAAUUCUGGGAAUUGUAGCUGUGUGAGGAAUAGGGGUUUCCUAACAACUCACAGCACAUUUCCCAGGAUUCUUUGGGGGAAGCUGUGAUUGUUCAAAGUUGUAUGAUGAUGCUUUAAAUCAAUAGCGCAGAUGGUGCCUUGGUCUUGCUAAGGUAACAAUUUACACUGUCAGUCUUAACACAAGCUAAGAUAACACAAGAGAGGGUUUUUGUUUGUCCUCCACUCCACUUUGUAUAUAUAUGUUAAUUACAUGUAUAUUCCAUCUCUCAUUCACCAUGAACUCCUCAAAAUCUCCUAUCCAGGCACUGAUUUUAAGCCUAUUUAGCUUCAGCAAGGUUGCUGCAUCAUGUUGCCUUCAAACCAUGACCCUGGGGCGUUAUGUUUGACGAGAGGUUUAAUUUUCUUUUCGUACUUCCCCCCCAACAUGCACUAUGACUUCAAGGAAACCGAUACCGAAUCUCAAUGCAGAAAAAGGGUGUUCUCUUCCAGACAUCUGGAAUCUCCUCCAGUUGUAGUUAUUUUCAAAGACUUGGAAAGUUUCACAACCAAAGUUCUGCAAGAUUUCAUAUUUAUUAGCAGGUAAUAUGAUAGAUUACAUAAGGGGGGGCGGGGUCUGUUCUAAUUCAUGAAAUCAACUGAUAAUCUUGACUCGUGCCUGCAUUAUUAUUAUUUUUCUGUUUCAUAGUAAGUACAAAUGCAGGUUUGGGUUACUCUGUUGUGUCAUUUGAAUGUUAAAUUAUAGGCUGGGGGCACAGUGAUGUGUACAAUUCAAAUGUGGAAGCAGACUUGCAGCCCACUCCUAUGCAUUCCCCCCCCAAAGUAAGCCAAUAUUGUUGCAAUCAGUGCAUGCUUACCUGUGAGUAGUAUAUCUCAUUUAACUCAAUGGGACUUUUGUUUGAGUAGUCACAAAUGAAAUUGCAAGGUGGAUUUAGUUUUAAAACAGAAUUCCAGGAAGUGUGCAUAGAAUAAUAGCCAAAAGAUAUUUAGAGAACAAAAUAGGAAAAAUCUCUGGGAUUUCUGAACAAACACUGGCCUGACGUAAAGUGGUGGAGCUAGCUGAGAAGUGGUCUAGAAAUCAAAUAAGAGCCUCAGCAUAGUUUUACAUUUUCUUUUGUUUUUUUUAUUGACGCAAGCACGACAGUAACAAAGCCAGUGGCACUUGUGUGUUUUAAAUAUAAAAUAGUGAUUAGGCACAAAAGUCAACCUCCUAAUUCUGUGAAGGUAGGCUUGAAAGUAUGAGUGCAUUAGUGGAUGUAAUCUCAAAGCCAGGAGGUCUCUGAGCAGCAUCUUCAGGAGCAAGGACUGUGUUUGUGCCCUGCACCACACUUUACCUGUCUUCGCAUCAGCAGAGGUAGAAUAAAUCAUGCAAAUAAACCAACAUGUGAAAGUUGUACAGUGGUACCUCGCAAGACGAAAUUAAUCCGUUCCGCGAGUCUCUUCGUCUUGCGGUUUUUUCGUCUUGCGAAGCACGGCUAUUAGCGGCUUAGCGGCUAUUAACGGCUUAGCAGUGGCUAUUAGCGGCUUAGUGGCUUUAAGAAAAAGGACACAAACUCGCAAGAACUCGCAAGACGUUUCGUCUUGCGAAGCAAGCCCAUAGGGAAAUUCGUCUUGCGGAACGACUCAAAAAACGGAAAACUCUUUCAUCUAGCGAGUUUUUCGUCUUGCGAGGCAUUCGUCUUGCGGGGCACCACUGUAUUUGUCUGCAUAGUUUACAAAGAAUCCAGCCUUUCUUGCUGUGUAGUACUUAAUUUUUGCUGCACACAAACUUGUGUGUUUCCUUUGUUCUAUAUAUCACUUUCAGUUAUAAUUUGAACUUGAGAUAUGGUUAAAAGGAAAGCUUCAGAUUUAUUUAUUUUUAAUCUACUUUCAAAUAUAUAUUUCAGCUGCAGCUCUGGCUGUCCAGAUGUUGCUGGACUCCCAAAUCCCAUUGGCCCUAGCCGGCACUAUCAAUCCUCAUAGAUGAUGUAGUUCAAGACUGCAGGUUCUCCAUCCUGCCUGCGGUCUUGAACUACACAUAGUGCACUGAGCAGGGAGUUGGACUAAGUGGCCUCCAAUCAAAACCCCAUGAUUCUGUGAUAACUGGCACAGCACAACAUGUACCUAUUAAACUGAGCACAGUGUAAUAGCCGUGUUACAUUAGCCAACACAGGACUUGACAAAGCUCCUUUUUCUAAUGUCUUCCUGGGAACUGUCAGCCCCUGACAGGCCACAAUAUGCAGCUGAUUAGCUCCAUUCUCUUUGGUAUGUAUCAAGUUGUACAUGCCUAAACUAGGAUGGCCAGAAGGAUUUAAAGGCCACAUUCCACAUGAAUAGAGGGUGCGAAUUGUAAAAUUAUGUUUUUGCUUCUUUGUCUUAUUAGUAUUGACACCACUGUAUUGUUUAAUGCCAGGGUGGGUGAUGGAAUGUAUUGCCCUCUGAUCAUGAUAUGCAAAUUUAAUUUUCCCUUCCUGUCUUUUUCUCUUAUGUGCCAUAGUCAUUGUAUACAAGAAUUUCCACUGGUACUUAUUUUUGGAAUUGCCACCUCUCCAAUGAUCAUCCAUAAGUUACUUCCUCACACAGUUUCCUCUUCGUUAUGCAUAGAGCUCUUCCAGUCUCUUUCAUGCAAAGAGCAUUUGACUAAAGUAAUUGACAAGGUAAUUGCCUUUAACUACAAAGGAAAAAGCAGUUUUUAUUAAACGAUAUGGUAAAAAUAAAACUGUAGAUUUUUGAAUGCAAGGCAACACCUUUUUAGAUGUGUCUUGUAUACGUUGGGAGAACCCACCAAAUUAUGUAAUAAAUUGAAAGGAGCAAGGUUCUAAUCAAUGUUAUUUACUUCUUUUUUUACUUCAGCUACUCCUGACAAGCCAGUUUCCCUUUAAACUUAGUGAGAAAGUUCUGCAGGUGCUAAUAAAUAUAUUUUUAUACCAUGAUUUCUCUGUGCAGAACUUCAUCAAGGGAUUUCAGGUAAGAACAACACAGUUGAUGAACUUUAGAUGUUACACUUCUAGCAAAUUUAGGUUUACUACUUCACUGUGAAAAUUAAGGCAGUUUCUGGAUCAUAAUAACACUGCAGACUGCAACUGGGUUUCAUGUGAUUGAGUACUUCCACUUACUUCCCUGCACAAACAGAACUGGCAUGGAGAGGAGAAAAACCCUUCUCUUGAUGUCUGCUUUCUGUGUACAAAAUCCCCACAUAUGUAAUGGCACUGUUUCAUCUAGAACAGAUUGAUAGGUUACAAUCGCUGAUUUAGCUGGGGACCACGCAUGUGUCUUACAACAUUGAAAUGAAACAACAGUGGUUUGGCUGAUUGAUUUCACUCAGAAGAAAAAGGAAAUAGGAAAUGAAUGGGUGGGAAGAUAAAAUUUGUAAACUUUAACAAAAUCUAUUGAGUGAUCGCUUCGAGAAAAUACAUGGAGUCAGCAUGAUAUUUUUCUGUAACACUGCUGUCCCAGUGAAUAAAUCUAUCAGAUCAGUUAUGUAUACAUUAAUGGGCUGGUUUCAUAACAAUCCAUCCGGUUGCAUAUUGAAAAUGUACUCUAUAACUGGCAUAAUUGCUAUUUGUUUAGAGUAUAUAAUACUUAGCAGCAGUGGUGUUGGUUGCGGUUGCAGAGCAGGGAGGAAUGAGAAAAGCAAAGUGGUUGAUUAUUGGUCUCUGUGGAUAAUUAUUCAUUUGCCUCUUAGGGAAGCAAGUGAUUUCUAUAACCUGAUUUACUGCCAUAUUUUUAAAAAUGCAUUGCACAUGGUUUCAGCUUGAUGCUAAUUAUUUAACAAAAUAGAUAUAUUUUUCCAAUUGCUAACAAUAGUUCUCAUAUUUUGAAAAAUGAAAUUUUGCAAUCUCAGCAUCGAUAUGCACUGUGAUUACCUUGUUGCCUGCAGCUCUCUCUUUUGGAGCAUUGUUAUUCCCACCCACUCAGUGUGCUGUGCUGUGAGCUCCAGGAAGCUAGGAAGAGAACAGAAACAUUAUCACACAGUCAGUGUGAAAACAUUCGAAGACUGCCAUCUUUUAGAAGGUAAAAGAUGAAAAUAAAUCACUGCCUGCCUUUAAGUGAAUUUCUUUUUAAGUUUAGCUUUUCACAUGUGGUUAUAUAUGGCUCGUAUAGUUGUGUGUAAUUUCAUAUGAGACUGCAUACUGUGCAGACAGGACUCUGGAACCUGGUCUUGAAAAUGACCAUAUUCCAAUGGAUCUAUGCAUGCAUGGGGGACAAACUGUGUUUGCAGCUAGAGGGUACUUUUGCCAUUUUUGCUGCAGCCACUUGCUGUGCUGAAUUUGCAAGCUCUAUUUUAAACUGAAAAUCAACUUUCCUUGAUAGCAGCAUGCAAUGGAGUACCUUUAGCAGGAUUUCCGGUAGUCAAAAAGUUGAUCUUCCUGUGCCUUUCCCUCUAUCAACUUGCUUUAGCUCCAUUAUUAUUUUUUUACUUCAUUUCCAAGACUGAGCUCCCUGUUGUUGCUAUUAACCAUCCAGACCUUUAUCUAAGAGAUUCUAAAUGAAUGGAAUACUAAUAGAAAUUCUGAUUGAAAUGAAUUAAGUGAACACAAAAUUGCACAUGGAUAUAUUUCUCCCCCUGAGUACUGUCUGUCUGUCUGAUUUGCCACCUGGUACACAUAGCCUGGAAACUACUGUGUUAGAUCCAGAUUUCAAUUUUUUUGAAUGAAACAUCUCCUUCUGUCCACAAAAAGCUUUUGAUCUACAGUGAGGGGGGAAAGUAUUUGAUCCUCUGCUAAAUUUGCCCAUUUGCCCUCUGACGAAGAAAUGACCAGCCCAUAAUUUUAAUGGUAUGUUUAUUGUAGCUGUGAGAGACAAAAUAACAACAAUUAAGGUCCAGGAGUGGCCUAGCCAGUCUCCAGACCUUAAUCCCAUCGAAAAUCUGUGGAGGGAGCUGAAGGUUUGAGUAGCUACACAUCAGCCUCGUAAUCUUACUGACUUGGAGAGGAUCUGCAAAGAGGAGUGGGACAAAAUACCUCCUGAGAUGUGUGCAAACCUGGUGGCCACCUACAAGAAACGUCUGACCUCUGUAAUUGCCAACAAGGGUUUUGCCACCAAGUACUAAGUCAUCUUUAGCAAAGGGAUCAAAUACUUUUUUCACUCAUUAUAAUUCUGACUUUUGUCUUCUGGGUUUAUGGGGUUUUCCCUGUUGUUAUUCUGUCUCUCACAGCUACAAUAAACCUACCAUUAAAAUUAUGGACUGGUCAUUUCUUCGUUAGAGGGCAAGCGGGCAAAUUUAGCAGGGGAUCAAAUACUUUCCCCCCUCCCUGUAGCUGGGAAAUGCCAUAGUAGAAAGUGGGAGGCAUAAGAACGUAAGAAAAACCUACUGCAUCAGGCCAAUGGCCCACUUAAGUCCAACAUUCUGUUGUCCCAGUGGCCAACCAGAUGCCUAUGGGAAGCCUGCAAAUAAGACCUUCUUUGGUUUCCAGCAACUGGUAUCCAAAAGCAUACUGCCACUGAUGAUUUGUUUAUUCCUUUUUUAAAGCCAUCAAAGUUGGUGACCAUUGCUGCCUCUUGUGGGAGCAAACUCCAUAGUUUAACUAUACGACUUUGAUGGUCUCCUACUGCCUGCAGUCCCCCACUCCAUCUCCAACACUAUUCCAGAGGAUCCCCCAACACUGGAGCAGAUUUUUGGAUAGUACAAGAGAUCGCAGAGAGAAGAGAGAAUUUGCAGAAGGUAGUUUUUCCACCCUUUACGCCAGCAAGUGCAAAUUCUAGAUCCAAGCCAUAGUUAGUUUCUCUUACGUUUAGGAAGAUAAUGUGUAAUAUCCUUCACCAUCAUCAUUAUUAUUAUAUUUUAGAACAUGCGUAUUCCAGAUGGGACAAUAACAACAGCUCAUCUAGUAUAAACUGGUAGAUUCCCAAGGUUCCAAAAUACUGUAAUGAAGUCACUUCCUUAAAAAAAAAAUAUGAAAGAAAUUAUAUUGUAUGGUUUGGUCUGGCUUUUCAUUUUUUGAAGCACACUUUUCUUUUCUCUUCAGGUUUGUUGAAAACCAAGUAUCAAACAAGCAGACAGUUCUGCUGACAGAUGAUGAAUGUUUAAAGGUAAAAUGUAGGCUGACAAAACCCCUUAAGCUUUUAAACCCCUGAGUUCAAGCAUUCUUUCCUACUGUGCUAAACAGCAUAGUGGGACCAAGGAGCGGCCCUGCUCCCAGCAUUGCUUCCUCCGUCUAAGCCCUCCUCCAGUAUAUCCAUGCAUACAGCAUGUAUGUUUGUAGGGAGAGGGGCCUCUUCACAUGUAGUUGGACAUGCAAAGGUUUUCCCUAGAAUCUGGUGAUUGUUCAGGGUUUGAUGAACAGGCAGUCAACAAAAUGCAUGACAAGUCUUUUGGAUAACAUACAUUUCUGUGUAAAGCAGGAAUGGGGAACCUGUCUCAGUGGAGAGCUGCAUGGUGGUAAGAGGCAAAAGUAGGCAGAGCAAUGAAUGUGAAUGUUACUUUGGUACAGUAGACAAGUUUCUACACACAUGUGCAUGGACACGCACACACGCACACCCUUUUUAUCCUGGCAAAGUAAGUAGAAGCAUUGGAGUUUGAGGACACCUUCCAGCUGUGCAAAAACACUCAAGGAGGGUGAAAAGCAGGGCCAGUGAGGAUAUGGAGAAACCUAGAGGGUUGCAUUUGGUCCCCAGGCCUGAUAUAAAGCAGCCAGGUGUUGCAGAAUUACAUUCCAUUGAAGUCUUUCAUGUUACACAUUUGAUAAUGUGAGCCAAACCCAUAUUUUCAUGUGUUACGUGUAACCAGCCCAUUCACUAAGUACGGCUUGUUUCUUUGACCUGAGCAUGCAUAGGAUUAUAUCCUUCCAGCAGCACUAUGCUACUUUUAUGUUUUCAGAAGUCAAUCCCAUACAGUUUAGUGAGGCUUGCUGUUGAGGACGGAAUGAAUUACAGCUUCAGAUGUUUAUAUACAGAAAUUCAUGAGUCUUAGAAAAGUCAACUGAGGUCCAGUUUUUUAUACGAUACACAGUGGUACCUCAGGUUACUUACACUUCAGGUUACAGACUCCGCUAAUCCAGAAAUAUUACCUCGGGUUAAGUACUUUGCUUCAGGAUGAGAACAGAAAUUGGGCUCCGGUGGCGCGGCGGCAGCAGGAGGCCCCAUUAGCUAAAGUGGUGCUUCAGGUUAAGAACAGUUUCAGGUUAAGAACAGACCUCCGGAAAGAAUUAAGUACUUAACCUGAGGUAAUGCAGAAUGUCCAGAAAGAUUUAUACCUGAUAUGCAUUAAAAUGCUGCUCUGUUGUCUUGGAAGUGAAAGAUUCUCUUUGGAAGAUCACCCUCCUCAAGUCAUCUUUAUCUGCUAGAAAUCAUUCAUCAAAUGAGAGACAGAGUGGCAAACAAGGGCAGUGAAAGCACCAGUGAUUCAGUGCUGCAUCUUUCCGGCUUAGAUAAGGCUUUCAUAAAACUGAAAUUAAAUCUUCCUCCUUUGGGAAUUGUCAGACUUUAUUUCAAAGUUAUAACAACAGUUGAACUUAAUAGAAAAACCUGCCAAAAACAACCCAAUACCAUCAAAUAAAAGGCCAUAGCACAAAAUUAUCUGUCAGAUGCAUCCAAUAAAUUUAGCAGAACUGGCACACAAAUGGAUUUCCUCUGUAUAUCUGUAAGGGGCUGAAGAUCUCUAAAGUAAAUUUUGUGUGAUAGGAAGAUAUAAUCUCAGAUCAAAUAAUUCUGCUAGAAUAGAACAAAUGGACUAACUUCUCAAAAUACUGACUUCUUCCAUCUGUAAAUUAUAAGAAAAUUUGUCAGGCUUUGUUAGGGCACUAAGUUUUCAGUCUUUGCCAAAAAUUUAUGUAGUCUGCUAUUCCCUAUAUAAAGGCAGGCAUUAAAUGUUGGCUUUUAUAGAAAAAACAUUGAGGUUCAUUUUAGCCAAGAGCUAAGAAGUUUCAGCUUCAGACACACAGGGGCACAGCUUGUUGGAGUUGUAAGGCAAUCUCAAACACAAAUAAACUUCCUACAGGAGAUCUUUAGUCACAACUAAUUUAAGACACAUUGAUUUCAAUGGGUCUGCUCCUAGGUAUAGUUAAGUCUCGAUCCAAACCAUUAAAAGUUUAAGUUGCUUAUCAUAUAAUUUUGAAGAUUCACUGUUUAAGAAGUAGGUGCUUUAUUGAAGACUUUUUAUUUUCUGCCACAGUAGUGGAUUUCUUUUAAGGGAAGAGAGUCUGUUAUUCACCUCUAUACCAAACUGGUGUAAAAUAAUAGUAGUAAAAUGGGGAGAAUAGAAAAGGUCAUUGCUUUCUCUCUGAUAGUUGCCACCCACUGCCCUGGAUAUUGUGGGUGUACUCCUUUACAACCACUAGGAGGCAGAUUCUUUGAAGAAAGUUUGCCCAGGGAUUGGUCUAGGAAGCACCUCUCACUUUCACCCUAGAGCCAGUCCUUCUCCUGCCUGCACAGUAGCUUUACUUCUGUUACAGAUGGUUACUAUUAUUUGUUCAUUAUAAGCUAGCUAGCACGUAUGAAUAGAGUUCAUCGUACUCCAUUUGCGGAAUAUAAAUAACAGUUCUUUCUACUUUAUGUGCCUCUUCUUCAUAGGUAUUAAAGCAGCCUUUUCCUGAUUUGUCACUAUAGAAUUAUUAUUUUGAAUUAAUUUGGUAUUGAAUACGCAAAAUACUUAUGAUGGUGGUCCAUAUGAAAGAUGUUUCAGCCAGCUUUCUCCCCCAACCCUUUCUGUGCAACAAGUUAAUUUUUCUAAACCAUUUUCAGAAUAAAAAGGCACGCAUCAGAAGUAAAAUCAGUUUGUAAGGUGGGGGUUUGGGGGGGGGUUAGUAGAUUGAAUAUGCUAUCCUGAGUCUGUGUUUAAAUGUAGAUGAUGGUCUUUUCGUUUCAGCCUUAGGGAACAAAACUUUAUCUUCCUUUGAUCCAAUCAGCAAUAGGGUGGGUGGACAUUUUCAAGAUUAUUUUCUUGAGGACAAUAAACUUUUUUUAAAAAAACUGAUUAUUGGCAUUCCAGCACAACUCCUAAGACUGUAACCCUAUACACACUUACCUAGGAGUAAGUUUCAUUGAACUUUGAGUAGGCGUGUAUCAAAUUGUGCUAUAACUUGUACAGUUGGACUAUAGGCUCCCAGUUGCUUGCCGUAGCAAGUAGUAGGCUAAUCAGACAUUUUCCUUUCUCAAUUUAGGAAACAACACAAGAAUUGCUGCAAGACCUACAUACUUACCAUGAAAAUUAUUUUCCAAUUCUGUGUUGUCUUCAUGCUUUCACAUCUUCUCUUCCCAAGUAUCCAUUAGGCAAACAAGUAUGUACAAAUCUUUUCUGCUUCAUGUUUUCACAUCUUGAGGAGUUUGAAUUCAUUUUGCAGUCCUGCUGCUUCACUAUCUCUGCAAUAGAGCCCAAGCACUAUUGAGUUCAUUUUUCUUUCUUUUUACUGUUAGUAUCACCCAAUAUCCGUGCAUGUACAUCCAUCUCAGUGUCCUCUUGACUCUGAAGCAAACACUUAGGUUUUUAGGCCUAGUUAUAUUGGGUUGCAUCUUAACCUGCUGGCCACAAAUGGAAAGGCUCCAGCUGUGAGUCCUCUGUGAACCGGAUGCUUACAUGGUGGGAGGAAGAGGUGACUUCUGCUUAUCUUUUUCCUACCUCCUGUCCCCCAGAGCUACCUCCUAAACUGUUCAAGAUGAUUUCCCAAGUGCCUCAAGUAGAUUUUCAGAGGGAGGAGAUAUAGGAAAAAUCAUCACCCAUGCAGGAAAGCAUUCAGUUCAUGGAGUUCUGUUCUGAGUAACUCUGGAGGAUCAAAGAUUUGGAGCCAUCUAAUUGCUUUGGCAUCCUUCUGGAAGUCAGUACAGUACUUGAAGGAGCGUCUCCACCUCCAUCGUUCUGCCCGGACACUGAGGUCCAGUGCCGAGGGCCUUCUGGCAGUUCCCUUGCUGCGAGAAGCCAAGUUAGAGGGAACCAGGCAGAGGGCCUUCUCGGUAGUGGCACCCGCCCUAUAGAACACCCUCCCACCAGAUGUCAAAGAGAAAAACAACUACCAGACUGUUAGAAGACAUCUGGAGGCAGCCCUGUUUAGGGAAGCUUUUAAUGUUUAACAGACUAUUUAUUUUAAUAUUUUGUAGGAAGCCUCCCAGAGUGGCUGGGGAAACCCAGCCAGAUGGGCAGGGUAUAAAUAAUAAAUUAUUAUUAUUAUUAAUAUUAUUAUUAUUUAUUGAAACUGCACUCUAGUUAAAGAGCUAGGAAAUAAUAAAAGAUAAAUUUCCCAAGGGACAGUUAAAGUAGCUUAAGUCUGUAGUGUAGAUUUAUGCAUAUCCCAUAUCACACAAGUAUCCCGUUUGGGGCAGGACACCCUAGAUUUACAGGAGCCACUUGGCUUCUGAUGCCAGUCCCGAAGUCCCAUUUUAGUUCUCACCACUGUUGCUGCCACAGCCACCAAUGUACUUCUGGAAGCCAGUGCCACACUCACCUGGGCACCAAAAGAGUGCCGAACCAAAAGAUGCAAGUUUGUUGGUGCUGCAUUCCCCUAUUCCUCCGGCACUGCUUCCGGAAGUGUGUGUGUGUGGCAGUGGGCAGUGGUGGGUAAAGGGCUGCUGUUGGCAAGAUGCGGCUGGGAGGCAGAGGCGGCAGUGUGUAAGGGCAGUGGGAUGAUGUGGGGGGGAAGCAGCAGUGGUGCAUACAGGCAAGCAGGGGCAGAAUGGUGGGGGGGGGGGAGGCCAGCAGAAUGGUGCGGCAGAAGGGAGGUCAUGUCCUAAUUUGCACUCCCAGGAUUUUUGAGGGUAUGAUAUUCAUCAUUUUCCUUUUCCUUACCAUCAUUUUCAACUGAAUUGGUUUUCUUCGUAAUCUGGGUCUUGGGCUACAAACACUCCCCCUACCAGUGGUGGAGCUUCAUGCUCCGGCACUGGGGGGGGGCAGAGAGCACGCGGGGGCGGGGCUGACGCGCGUCUUGGGGACGUGGUGCACAUCCUGGGGGCGUGGCACUCUGCCUGAGGGGGCGGGGUGGCCAGCAUAGGCGGGGGGCAGCCGCGAUGGCAUGCUGCCAGGAUCGCGCUGCCGGGGGUGGUGCGCUCCCCCCGCACUCCUCUUCCUCCGCCAGUGUCCCCUACCCCGUUUUAAAGAUCUGAAUGGUGUUGAGUCAUCCACAUUUGAGGUCAGUGAGUCCUGAGGACUUCCAGCUUUUCAUGAAAAUGGUGACAACUUAGCCCUUUGUGUUUUAGAUUUUUUUAAAAUGCUAAAUUUAGUCUAUUCCAUGCUUGUAAAACGUUCUCUUCUAUUUAACAGAUCAGAGAGUUAUAUUGCACAUGUUUGGAAAAGAAAGUGUGGGAAACAGAAGAAUAUGAGUCAGCUAUUCAGCUGGUGAGGUAGCCUUCUUUCCAUUUUCUUCUUGUGUUUUAGAUAUUUUAAAUGCCUCCAUCUGCUAUUCAAGAAGAACUCAAGAAUGUUGCCAAACGGGAAGCUUUUUUGUAACUGACUGCAUUGUUUCUCUUUGAUAAAGUGGAUGUUUUUAAUUUACAUUUCUAUCCUUUAUAGUGGGGUUGCCAGCAGGGAUACAGAGCCAAACUCUAAUUUUUCAUUCAUGCUUAGUAACGCUGUGAGGAAAACCAUUGAGCUCUUAGUUCUGUUCACUGUAUCCUAUUACAUUUCAUCCCCACCCGUUUUCUCCAAGGAUUUUGGGACAACAAACAUGGCUCCCUCCCCCAUUUUAUUAUGUGAACAAGCCAGUGAAGCAAUUAAAAAUGAGUAAUUGGAUUAAGAUACUGAGAUUUUGAACCUAGAACUUCCUGUUUCAAGCCUGACCCUCUAUUCUCACUACAUCACUCUGGCUCUCAUUGGUGUGUGCAUAUGUAUAUACGUACUUUCAGCUAUAGAUGUCAGGAUUUUGAGGGUAUGGUUUUGAUUUAGAUGUUUUUGCUGUGAGCCUACCCAUCAGGGCUUGCAUUGCACCUAGCUAUCCCUGGUGACAUUUUGUGUAAUUUUCCAUCUUCACAAUGUACUUACAGUAGCCCUGAAUGCACUGUGUUGAAAUAUCUUGAGUCUGAAUGAAAGGAUUUUUACUAAUGGAGAAGAUUCAGAAUAAAACCAUUUGAGAUUUGUAGAUUAUAAAGAGUGGAAUCCAGAUUAAGUUAAUUGAAUGUAGUUAUCUUUGAAAUCACUAGGAACUAAGUAAUGGCUAAGUUAAGAGUAUCUGUGAGCUCUUAGAGUUGCAUCAUAUAUAGUGCACAGUUUUGUAACUAGCCAAGUAGGGAAUAGUGGGUUAUAGCCAAUGCUCAACAAAUGACAUUCCACUCUCACAACAGGAUGUUCCUUUUCUCUCCUCUCCCUGUGGGCCCCCAAAAUCUGCACCCUCUGGAACAGAUUUUGAGGCUCCACAGGAGAGAAAGAAGGAAUUCUAUUGCUCAAGCAGAAGUCUCACGUGCAAAUGGAACAGCAGCAUUGAAUACAACCCAGAUACUUCAAUGGUUUUAGCUUUGUUUCUUAAUAGUCCACAUUCUUAAACAAUAAAACUGGUAGCUUGAAAACCGUUAUGAGUUUUCCAUGCUUUUGCAAAAAUGCUAGACAAAAGGCCAGGCAUUCUGCUAAAUGCUUCAAGCAGUUUAUUGUGUCUAUAAUAAGUUACUAACAUUGUUGGGCUGUUUUUUCAGGAUGAUGGCCAAAGAUGAAUUGGUGGUGAUUCUUGAAAAAUGUGUGGAGAUUAUUACUUCCUCUCCUUCAGAACAUCUUAAAAUCCCUUCAGAGAAACUGAAGCAGUACCUGGACCAAUUUAGGAAUCUUGAAGGUAUUUUGUACCAGUUUGUGUUAGAAAUUUAAAGUCCAUUCCCAGCAUCCGUCACCAUUCUCACUGAAAACUUGGAAAAUAGCUUCAGUAUCCUGGGCUAUAAGAAGAAACUAUUGGCAGACAAAAGAAUUAUUGAAAUGUUUGUCACAGUUACAGCAGAUGAGGAAAGUAGAUAGUUAUGAAGUCUGUAGGCUUCCCAACUUUUCUGAAAUAAGUCAGCAGCAGGCCUGUUUAAUUUUAGAAAAUGAAUUCCUGAAGUAGUAAUGCAAAUAAGAAAGUGGCUGUGGGUGGUUUUUUGUGUACAGCUAACAUGCAGACCUGCAGCAACAGGUCAUUGUCAUUGUCCUUUUUCUUCAUAGGGUUAAUCUAAUUUAUUUUACUGUACUACACUAUUUCUAGACAGACAGCCUAUGAUAAUACCACAGACCAGCACUGCUUGUUAAGAUAAGGCAGACUGCCAUUUGCUGAGCAUUACUCCAAUUAGAUCUGCCCUUAUCGUACACAGCUUAAACUAAAUAGGAGAAAUGUUAGUUUUCAGGCCUUCCACUGCCCCUGCAUUUGGCCACCUACUCCAUAACUGUUGCUGAAUAAAAAGUGAAUCCUGUGUUUACGAAGCAGUGAUUUCAUUCAUGUGGUUUUUUACCUAUGCCCAGUUACAAAGGUUUUGCUUGUCUGCCUACCCACAUUGAUAACCAGAGUAACAAAAAUGGCCAAAUACAGGCUUAUCUUUGGAUUUCUGGCCCGUUCCUUAGCAAAAGAUUUUAUACAUUUCUUAAAUGAUACAAUUUGAAUAAAGAGAACUUUAACUUUAGUAAUGUUUACUCUAACUGUCCAGUGUAGGUUGUAGCCAACCCACUCUUAAUACUUAAAGAGGACACCUUGAAAUCAGUGGAGUUAGGUUACUUCUGUUCAUGGUUUUCAGUGGGCCUCCUUUGAAUAUGACUUAGUUGGAGUCAGCACACCACAAUUCAGCUGCUGACUGAAUCGGUUCGCCUCAGUAUCCUCAAAGUGUUUAUAGCUCUUCUUUAAAUGAGAGUUGUGUGGUGAAGUGGUUAGUGUCAGAUUAGGAUUUGAGAGACCUGGGUUUAAAUUUUCACCCAGCCGGGAAGCUCACAGAGACCUUGGUCCAGUCACUCUUUUUCAGCCUAAACUACCUCACAGGCUUGAGGGAGAACUAUGUAUGCCACUGAGUUCCUCAGAGGAAAGGCACGAUACAAAUAGGGGCUAGCAAGGCUGCUUAAAAUUAGCAGUCUGCAGAUGUUAUUAAAAUGUAUUAUCCUUGGAAGCAUUAUUUGCUGUUUUCGAUGUUCUGAAAAAACCCCAGAUAUUUAAUACGCUGCAUUUGGAAAAAAUACAAUAACCUUUGGCUUCAUUGUGAACAAAUUUCUUUCUGAUGCUGAUCAGUUCAACACAUGUUGCUUAUAAAACCUCAAACUAUGUACAAGACAGAAAUAUGAAUGCUAGAUCAGAAAGUGAAUGAGAGCAUUUCUUUCUGACUCUGAGAGAAAUGUAGGGGAAUUGUGCAAGGCACUAAUUACAAGGCAAGCCUGAGGCUCCCAAACUCACUUUUUCCUCAUUAUGCUAACUUGGGGGAAAGAAUCAACAGUUGAAAAGGUGUUCCUUUGCCAGGAAAUUCACCCAUCGUUUUCCACUCUGCCAACUUGAAGUCCAGAAAACAGAGAGAGUGUGUGUGUGCGCGCGCAAAUCAACCAGUGACUCUUUUCCACCUGUAAGCUCAUCAAAGGGAAAUACAUAAACAGAGGCGAGGAUUAUUUUGAUUUGUAAGAAAUAGAAGUUUUGUGCGAAGACUACAUGUAUUAGGCAAUUGGCAAACAUGAGGUUUAAAUCUGUUAAAGAGCUUAAUGCUGAAACCUCAUAAUCAAGGGCUCAAUAGAUGUGAGAAUAGAAUUGCAAAUAUAGGAAUAUGUGAGGAUUUUGAGGAGAACCAUCUUAUGCGUGCCGUCAAUAGGAAUAGGUGGAAAUCAUCCAAAUAUGAAUCAGAAAGCUGUAGUUGAGCUCUGUGCUUUAUUUUUGUGUACUUUUAAUUCCAUAAAUCUUUGGUGCUUGAGGCAGUAGAAAAGAAGCCUCUUUUCUGUCUAAAUAUUUUACAUAGGGGCAGUGGAGUGGAGUGAGAUAAAAACGUUGUAUCCAGCUAAGUUAUACUAAGAGUAGACCCACUGAGAUUAGUGUAACUAAAUCAGUUGCAGCCAUUAAUAUCAGUGGGUCUACUCUGCAGAUGACUUAAUUGAAUACAGCUCCUAAAAGUAUAUAUGUGUGUGUUUAACAAUAAACGAAAGCUCUGGAAGGCAAUGGAACAGAGCAGUUUAGUUUCCGCGAAUGUGCCCAAUAAGAUUUAAUAUGGGAUUAAGUGGUGCACAGGGAUUUCAGUCUUCAUGCAUCUUAUCUCUUAUUCUUCUUUGAAUAGGAAGUUCUUAAGCUGUCCUGUUUGAAUGCAGGAAAUUGAUGGGGGCAGGGAGAGAAGGGGAUUGCAAGUUUCUCAAAAACAUAUUGUCAUCUGUUUUCCACUUAACUGUUUGCACCUUUCUCUUCCUUCCAUGGACAGGCAGUAGCAGCUCACAUAACCCACACAGUUUUCUGACUGACUGACCCCUGUUCUUAUUCUGAUAGCAGAAGCCAAUGGUGGUCAAGAGGAGCCCAUCUCCUCACUACAAGAACUUCAGAAGAAGACAGAUCUUUAUCACCUGCAAAAGGUCAGGCUACCUAGAAAUGAAAAUACUAUUAGCUAGACUAAUGGGCGUAUUUUAAGCACCUUUGGAAUUCAGACCAGAUAAAGAGAGCAGUUUCAGCUUCAACACAAUGUGAUCUUGAAAUUCUGACACAGUCCAAUGUAGGGAAGGGACAGGGUCCUCCCCAACCCAGUGUUUUCCUUCUUGGUCUGUUCUUUACCAUGCCCAUUCUUGUCAAAAUAUACUGAAUUCUCUUAACACUCAGAUGUUACAACUUGUGCAGAAGUGGAUGAUAAUAUGAUUUGAUUAAUGCUGAGAGCAGGAGUUGGGUUUUGCUUGGCACAAAUGUUUCCCUCUCCCUUGUGCAAAAUAUUGCAGGGUGCAGGUACUAAUUGAAUUUUGCAUUAUUUGGUAAAUUUUAAUCUCAAGCUGUCCGGGGCUCUGAAGUAAGAGGCAGCAACUUAUGGCUCUUGCUUCACAUCAUAGUAAUAGCUGACCUUGGGCCAGUCACUACUUCUCAGCCCAAUCAACUUUGCAGAUUAGUUGUAAGGACAUAGUAGCAUGGAACCAUGUGCUGAGUUCCUUGGAUGAAAGGUAUAAUUCAAAGGAAAUACCUAGUCAGAGCAAUCUCCAUUGUUCAAGCAAUCUCCAUUGUUCAAGCAUGUGGUAUUACAUAUUCAUUGGGAAGGAAGGAAUUGAUGGAAAAGAUCUUGCUAUAAAGAUGUAGCAGUCACAUAAGCACUAGCAGUAACCUCAGAUCCUGAGUAAUUGAGGAUCUGCCAUGGAGAGCUAGCCCUUUGGCUCAGCUUGAUUGGUCAAUCUGUCUACAAAUCAGGGUUCAAGUGUAAAGCAGAUUUUAAGAAAACCCAAGAGCUUCACUUGCUUGCUUGGAUCAGUAUAUUAUUCUUGCUCUUUGCUGUAAUAGAAUCACAACUGAUGAAUUUUAGAAGGAAAGAAUUACCUGGAAUUUCUGUAUCAGGUGGUCAUGAAUUUGUGGAAACUGUGUUAGUUCUAGUCCAAUAAAAUUUCACUUACAUGAUAGUUGUUAAUACUUGUAAAAGUGCAGCUGUACUAGUUAAGGAACACAAUACUAUUUUGUCAUCAAGCUAAUCCUCUUUAUUAUUUAUCACUGAAAUCCACAAUAAUAAGCUUUUUCUUUUUCAUUUAAAAAAAUCUAAUGACCUCAUUAGCAUUGCCAAGUGAUUUACUCAACAUAAUUACUUGGAAAUUCCUCUUUUGUUUUGCUUUAGACCCUGCUGGAGAUGAAGGAAUCAAGAAAGCUUAAGAAACUAACAAAAUUUGAAAUGCUUCGUUUUGAAGUGGUUGACUUUGUAGAUGGCCUUGUAAGGUUAGCUUUGCUUUCUUCCUGACUCGGUUGUACAACUUUGCGUAACAAAUUUAGUUCAACAGUAGACGAAGGCGCAGUUCAGCUGUGAUGAACCAUGGUUUGUUCAGCCAAGACAAAUGUGCACAGCUUCCUUCCUCUCAUUCCCUCAUCCCUGUGCAGUAGGAGGGGAGGGAGGUGCACACACAAAGUUCAUUCUCAAUCCAACAAAUCUGAACUAAACCCAGACUGGAAAAGAUAAAAUUGGGUAAAAAGUAUCUGCAGAAAACCACUCUGUUUCAUGCCGAUACAUUGUGUUCUUAACAUGAACUUGAAAUUGGCCCAACAUUGCAACAGGAACAAAGAAUGUUGUCAACUAAAUAGCAGUCUGGCAGGAUGGAGGGUCAAGGGCAAUAGGAGGGAGUAGCGCAUGAUGAUAUCUGAUGGGUGCCAUAAGAAGACAGCUGUGGAGUGCAGUAGCAUUAACUAUGGGGGUUGUGGUUGAAUAGUUUAAACAUGGCUUAUUCAAUAAAUCAGGGUUUUUAUUUGCUUUGGUUGUUUUUCAGUUUCACUUUGGUCCAUGGAAAAUCAACUAAGAUUGAAAUAAAGCUUUAAUAAGGAAAUCACCUAAAGAAUGUUGUGUUAAGUAGCUCUCUCAAAAUGAAAGAUUGAAAUACAGAAGAAAAAGGAAAACAGGCAGAGAAGUUAUUAAGUAACGUGUCACUACAGACUAGGAGACUUUUCAUCCUAUAUUUGAUAGGGCACACAUUAGCAAACUGAUACUGGACCCAAGUCACGUUUUUUUAAAAGCUACUGAGGUGUGUUUUACAACUUCUGCAAAUACUGUAUUUUUCGCCCUAUAGGACGCACCGGCCCAUGGGACGCACCUAAUUUUUUUGGGGGGGGGAAUAAAGGGGGAAAAAAUUAUUCCCCCCCCCCGGUGCGGGGCUGGGGCGGGGGAAGCCCGAGCUUCCCCCGACCCCAGCCCCCAGAACAGGCAGCUCUCCACAAGCCAUGGGAGCCCAGCGCUGGGCUCCCACGGCUUGCAGAGAGCUGCACAAAGCUAAGCCUGGGCGCGCUGCGCCUCCCCGCUGUCCCCCAGCUUGUGGGGCUGGCGGCAGGGAGAAGCGGGCUUCUCCCCCCCGCCAGCCUCCAAACCAGGUCGGGGGACAGCAGAAAGGCGCGCUGCGCCUCCCAGCUGUCCCCCGAGCUUGCGGGGCUGGCAGUGGGGAGAAGUGGGCUUCUCCCCGCCGCCAGCCUCCAAACCAGGUCCGGGGACAGCGGGAUGGCGCACUGCAUUCGCCCCAUAGGAUGCACACACAUUUCCCCUUCAUUUUUGGAGGGGAAAAAGUGCGUCCUAUAGGGCGAAAAAUACAGUAUUGUAUUUUUAUUAUUGUAUGUAUAAAAAAAUACAGUUAAAUCUGCACAGAUCACAUUUUGGAGGAAUCUGAAAAUGGGACAAAAUGUGGUAAAUGUUGUUGGUAACAAUUGAUGGCUUUAGUAGUCCUUCAAUUGCUAGUCAUUUCCAUAAAGUGAGAUUGCCAGUGGUGUGUGCUGAUUGUUUGUAACAACUUGCGAGAGAGAAAAAGUCAAAACUUUUCAUUGCCAAAAUUACAAUUAAAAGCCCCCAAUAAUUUCUGUUUAUGGCAUCUAGCCAUUUGUCUACAUGGUAUCUGAGUUCAUUGCAAAAUGUAUAUGCUUGUUGGUUGAUGAACACUGUGAUUGUAGUAGGAAUGAAGAAAAAAAAUCCAUGUGUAAUACUAGUCUCUCUCCUGUCCUUUAUUCAUUGGUGGUUUUUCAGAAAUUACCUUGCGCCUGCAGAGAUGCAGACAUUGCAUGAGGUGAUGUAUUUCAGCGCAGCUAAUACCCUCCGUGAACAUUUGAAUGCUGCCCCACGUGUUGCUCUGCACACUGCUCUCAACAAUCCAUAUUUCUACCUGAAGGUAAGAAAUGGGCGGCUUAGCAAUGUGCCCACACCCUCCUUGUACUUGGCGAUCCCUAACUAUGUUUAAUGCUGUCCUCCCCUGGCUUCCCUCAUUGGGUUCAACAUGAUGAGCCCCACAGCAUCUUAUUGCUUGAAAUGUUGCUAAAUGGUAUUUAGAAUCUCAGUUAGGGGUCGUGGAGUGUGUUCCAUAAUGUAAUCAUUUGAAAAUCGUGGCACUGUGUUUGGAUCAUGCAAAAUGAUCACAAGGUGGCUGUUCUUAAAUACUUGUGAAUCAUUUUUUUGACUUUGUGAAUUGAGUAAUCCUGUCCCAUGAUCAUUCCCAUGGCUUUUAUUUAAUAAAAACCUAGAUUUUGUAAGAUCCGUAGACAAGCCUGUCACAAGAUUUUCCUCUUAACCUCCUGAGAUGCUGAAAAUGGUAAAACUAUACAAGAUAUUUAACUACCUGCUAAAAUAUCCGUUCCCUGUUGCCUGUUGUUAUUGAAUUUUUCCACUGAAGCACUUCUUCCACUGAAGCACUUUUGAUCAGUUCCUUAAUAAAAGUAUCCACAUGCUGACAAAGAAAAAGGAGGAGACUUUAGGAGGCAGAUAGCAUUUCCUUUUUUAAAGAUAUAUUAUAAAAAUCAACCUCUUUGUAUUUGCUGCAUUGAGUUAAGUCGUGGAAUAUAAAUUGACAAGAGCCAGGUUGGGAAAAGAAUGUAAAUUGUGUAUGUGCCUGUUUUAUUUAUUUGAUCUUAUCAGUUAUCUGAUUUUAUGCAGUGUUACACAAUUUAGAUGGGAAAAACAAGCUUAAUUCAAGUUCCAAUAUAUUUGAUAAAAAGCCAAGUCUUUGGCCUGGCAUAUCUGAUUAAUUUCUUAUGUGCUUUGGGCAACUGUUUUGGGUAUCUAUGAGUAGUAAUCUCUGUUAUUCCAGUGCACUACUAGUAUUUAAUUGUGUUCUGACAGAAAGAAAUAGCUUUUCAUAGUAUGAAUUCAGUACAUUCUGUUCUUCCAUGAAUUAUAAAACUAGGAUAAAAAAUUAUCUUGAUAAAUAUAACUAUAAAAGAUGUAGGCUGUAUAAAAUCUAGACUUUACUGAUUACAUAGAUACUAUUUCUCCUGGUAAUAUUAUGUACCAGUCCUUGAAGAAUGUUAGGAUCAUGUUUAUGCUAAUCUCUCCAUCUUUCCACAAGUGUGGCUAAAGCAUCAACUGGGCAAAUCGCCAGCUUUACCCGCCACAGUGAACCUGCAUGACCCCUUUAAGGGGCUAUCAACCAAAAAUGACUCGCCACAUCUCACCUUUCAUUCUAGCUCUAAAUUCACAGUCAAAAUUUUUCCUCCUAGCGUGCAAGAGGACAGUGUCAUAAGUAAUGUCUACAGCAGGACCUUGCCUUGAGGGUUAAUGGGGCUGCAGGAUGUUGCUUGUAUUAGAUUAGCCUUAUUUUUAGGAUUUUGUUUUUUUACAGUCAAGUAGUACAUACAUUUUAUGGAAUUAAAUAAAAGACAGCUAAUUAAGUAAAAACAAGAAUGCUUGGUGGUGAUUUCUGCACAUUUUUAUCAUCGUAUUGAUUCUGUAAGAGGCACAGCAAUAUGUGGAAUUUCCCACUGUGUUUCCUCCCAGGUUGGAAUGCUGCUAGAGGCCAAACUAGAUGUCUUGUCCCGUUCGUCUGCCUGCCUCCUCCCUAGCCUUCGUGCAUAGCGUUGACAUACCUAGCCCUUCUCUGACCAUCCUGGGUGUUCCUUCCUUUAAUCUUUUGUCAGGCUGUUCUAGGUCUUUUAGUUCAUUAUCUACCCUUCACCAAAAUGUCUCAGGGCAUCUUACAAAAAAGAAAAAGAACAAUGGUAUAAGUCAUAAUGUGAAAAAGGUGUUCAAACCUUAGACAAUAUAAAAUGUCAUGUCCCUUCUUUGGGGUCUUGUUGUGUGUGCUGCGUCUCACAUCAAGAUGAACAAUAUACCGCAGCUGUUGGUUGCACUAGACUUUCAAGUAGUAGGGGCCUCACUCCCAUCUUGCAGCCCUCCUGAAUGAUCAGGUGGUUUUCAAAACCAGUCUGUCAGCUAAGAGAGAAAAGCUUUUUCUUUGUGCUUGGUUCCUCCUUAACCCUCUUCUCUCCCAGCUGACCUUUUCCUAACUGCCUUCUCCUCCUUAGCAACCUUUCCCUAGCACCUGUUGCCAUGACUCUUGCCCUUCCCAACAGCUCCAUUUUCCUGACUGCUGCUACCCGGCACAAAUGACCCUAUUUACUCUUCAUCACACUUGCCCCAAGGAAAAUCCGGAGCUGAGUUGAGAAAAAAGUGAACUGUGUCAGCUACAUACUGCACUUGCAGCUACUAUGCCUGGUGUAAGAACAGAUGAGUGGAUUAAUAUUUCAGAAGGCUGGAUGAAGUUAACAGCUUUCUGAAAUAGUGGCAUACGUUAUGAUUGUGAUGUCCAGAGGUUGGGAAGUGGCUUAGCAUAACAUUUGCUUGGUGGGUCUGGGAUGAUGGCGUUAUUAGCAUAUAAAUGAAAUGUACAUGCAUAACUCUCAUUCUCACUAUGAAUUUUGUUUAUCAGAAUGAAUCCUUGAAAACUGAUGCAGGAUGCAUUUCUAAUGCGGCUCCCGAUAUCUGUAUAGCAUACAAGCUUCAUUUGGAGUGUGGCAGAUUAAUUAACCUUGUUGACUGGUUAGAGGUAUGUGAACAUGAAUCGAUUGACUGUUUCUGUGCUUUGCUGAAUACUUAAUCUGCUGUUUCUUUCUAAGCUUCAUUUGUUUUGACAGCUAAAUUGCUGCUGUAUAACACUCACUCUUUCUUCUUAUUUUUCUUCUUAUUUAUGGUCCUAAAAUCAGUCCACAUAGCCUUCCCAGCUUGUACUAGGAGCAGAGUUAAAUACAGUAGAACCACUUGCAUCAACCACUUGCAUCUUUGGUAGUGCCAAGGGCCCCCAAGGAACAAGCAUCCUAGUGUUCCCAUCAAGCCUUGCUUUUAUUAGUUUCUCUCCUUUUCUCUCCUAUUCUCUAAGUGUGAAAGGCAUGCUCUCUUCUGCAAGCUGGGCUGUCACAAAAAGCACCUACACCUUCUUCCCAUGGCUUUCUACACAAACCAACAGGGAGAGAAAUAGCACCCCUUUUCUUCCCCAUAAUGGAAAGAAGUAAUCCCAUUCCCUUGCUUGCAGUUUUUCAGUAAAUGGCAGCAGGGUGCUGGUGGUGCAUUGUAAAAGCCAACCUGUUUUUCUGCCACUGAGAAUGGAAAGAAGCAGCUUCUGUCAUGCAAGCAACAUUUGAAGGAAGGACCUCUCAUGCCUCACUACUGAUUCUUCAACCCCCAACUAGUGAGGCAUGGAUUGCAUGUUCUGCAAAGUCCAGCUUUCAGGAUAGAAGCCUCCUUUCCUUCCUUCCCCCUUCACCGUAGACAAAAGCAGUCCUGAUUUUGUUCCCACUUAUUGGAUUUAUUUCAGAAAGUAAGCUAUGCCUCGCUGCAAAAGCCCAAGAUGGGAGAGAAAGAAGGGGAACUCACUUCUUUCUUGUUUCUUGUUUGUCAUCUUUGGGGUUUUUGUUUUGUUUUGCAAGAAGCAGUAGUUAGGUGUGGUUGCCCCUUUCUUCAAAAGCCCAAAUCAUGGAAGCAAAAUUGCAUCUCAUGUCAUCCUCCGAGACUGCGGAAAAAGGAAGUGUCUUCUGCUAAUCAGGCUUUUGUUGGGUCUUGUUGCUGCUACCUCCUGUGCAAUCCCAAUGAGAAGGAAAAGAACCCCCUUUUCUCUAUAGAAAGGGGUGGAUCUCCUUCCACUAGGCUUUUGCAGAGGCAGCAGCAAUGAACUAGUGUGGAAGAAAACUCCUUAGUGCCAUUGUCUCCCCUGUCCAUCAUGUAGAUUAGUUUCUUAUUCCCACCAUGCUUUUUCUGGUUUCAAUCGUAGACAAAGGCUCAGUUCAGAUGCGAUAAACAAACCAUGGUUUGUUGGACCAAGAAAAAGAUGUGUGCACAUACUACUCCCCCCCCCCUUCAUCUUUUGUCUCUCCAGUACAUCUGGGGUUUGUUAAAUCAUCUUCUCAUGACAAUUGUGGUUUAAGGAUCUCUCCAAAACAGGGUAUGAAACCAAAAUUAAACCGAUGUGGAGGUGGGAGUAACAAGGUGUCACAUGUACCUUCUGCAAAAUUCCAGCAUUCCAGGAGAGGUCAUUGGUAACACUACAAAUGGUUUUUACUAACAAGCCAAACAGAAACUUGUUGGCCACUGGCUGAGACCACCCCUGCCCCCCACCAAAAAGCCAUUUUUGCUGAUCCUAAGUACUGCAACUCUCCAUGCUGUAUUCAAAACUGUUUAGGAGGCCCCCAAAGUCUUCAGGAGCUGUUUUUUGGUGAAAACUUUUUGUCUGUAAGUGGAAGUGCUCUCUGCUAAUGCAAAGCUAUCAUUGUAUUAAAUCCUCAGUUUACAAGGAUCUUAUUUCUCCUCUGUGCUUUGUUAGCAUGUCGAUAUCAAACCCUUUCAGCGUAUAUAUUAAUUUGUGACAUUUAUUACAUUUACAAAAAAUGGUAUAAAUCAAUAUGGUGUUUCCUCCUAGGCUUUUGCAACAGUUGUAGUUGCUGCAGAAAAUCCAAAUUCCAGUGUCAAGGACCAGAUAGAUGAUGCUAUCCAGUAUCCUUUUCUGAUUCUCUUCCGAUUUAGCACCAGCUAGCAAACCAAAAUAUUAUCUUCUUACAAAUAACCUGAACAAAUCUAAGAGGGUCUAGCAAAACAUUUUGGAUCGUUUUUCAAUCCAUGUUAAAACAGGGCUGUUAUUAGAAAGGAAAAAUGAACUUAUCUAAUUUAGACUGAUAAUCUCCCUGUGUAAGUUGUGUGUGCUGUGCCCAGACGCUGUUGUUCUAUAAAACAUUGUCUAUCAACAUGCCUGCCUUGUAAAGGCUGUUGAUGUUAUUUCCAGAGAAUAAAGGAUGCAAUUAUUUUACGUAACAAGUAACAGUGGAUGGUAUGCAACUAAGUUUCACUCAGAGUAGACCCAUUGAACUAAAUAAACCUUAGUCAUGUUCAUUAAUUUCAGUGGGUCUACACUGCGUAAAGCAUAAUUGAAUACCACCCAGUAUGUUUAAGCUCCAUCAAAUUUUAGUGAGUCUGGAGUUGGUCCUGUACUGACUAAUCUGGGAACAAGCCCCAUGAAACUUCUGAUAUGACAUGUAUAAGAUUGCAGUGAAAAGCUGUGGUUCUAUGCAUAUGUAAUUUGAGAUAAGUCCUCGUGGAACAACAGAUUUAUUUGUGCAUGCAGAGGGUUGUGCUGUAAAACACUUAUGACAGAGCUAUGUAGUUUAGGACAGACCUUAAGAUGUGUUUAGGUGACAAGUUAAUUUAUAACAAGUCAUAUAACAUCAGCAUAUCCUAGUCUUUAGAAAAAGAAGCCAUACCUUGGGUAGAGAAUACAUUCACCCUGAUCUUUCAGGCAGAUGUCUCAACUAGACUAAAUUUGUUCCAUGUUAUUAUAUGAGCCAUAUCAUGUGUUAGAUGAAGAGUGUACACACAGCUGAAAGUUUUACAGCUGCCCCUAAUAUGUGUGUAUAUGAGUGAUUUGUAAGCAUGUGAAAGCAGUGCUUCAGUGAACUAUGCAGAAUACUUAUCCUAUUAGCAAAAAAUAGAUAGUUCUGUAUGUUUAGCCCAUCUGUGAAUAUUCCCUUUGGUAGAGUGAAAUGUAUUUUUCCUUAACUGCCACUCCCCAAGUGCUCGUUUCAUUAGAGCAGUCUCAGAACUGGAACUCUUGGGAUUCAUAAAGCCUUCCAAGCAGAAAACUGAUCAUGUGGCGAGACUGACAUGGGGCAGCUGCUAGUAUACUUUCUACUGAGAGAAGGAAAUGCUCUGUACACUGUGAACAACUGUGGUAGCACUUUCAUAAUGAGAAGUGCUGUUUUGCCACUGUAACAUUGACAAGAACAAGUAGCUUCAUGGAUUUUGUUUCUUUGCAUUAAAGAACAAGCUAAAUCCAUCCAUUUUAGAGAGAGAAUCCUGUUGAUGUUUGUUUGAGCAUUUUGACAUUUUUGUGCCUUUUCUACAAUGCAUGUGAAAUAAAACCGAACUUAUCACUGAUCUCUGUCCUAUCUACAGAAAUGCUGAAGAAAAUAUUAAUAUUCUGAGCUGAGCACAUUAAUAUGACUGUACAGUGCAGACUAGACAUGAUUGUUGAGGGGGGAUGUGAGACUCCCUACUGUGGGGGGCUAUGCUCUAAUGUGGUGAGUUAACAAAGCUAUUUAGAGAAUGGUGAUCAGUACCACUGUACUUAAGGUAGCUUCUACAAUUUUUUCUAAAUAAAAUUACUUAUUUUCAGUA